AUGGCUGAAUAUCUGAAUGAAGUAACACUCGGCCACCUGGGGAAAGCAACGUAUGUUGAGGAGCAACAGGAAUGGAAAUUCUCGCGUGCGCCCAACCAAGGUCUCGUCUUCAAACUGGCGAGCGAACCGAAUGUAUUCUCGCACGACAAAAACAUAAGCCCCCCCUGUCAAGUGCCUAUAAAUGAAAAUUCUGUGACGAAAAGAACAGAGCAGAUGGUGUUAAACUUAUAUCCAGAGUUAACACAUGGACUCUCAAACAUGGUCCUCGAGGAGGCAACUUCACGAGCUAUUACCUCCGCCGUGUCUAGUUUCGAGUCAAAUGGCCAUGGCUGCUUAGCCUUUGGGGAAAUCGAGCGUAUGAUAGACGAUCGCAUAGCAAACCAAACAAUACCAAUAAUGGUAUGCUUGCAUGGAAAUUCGAGUUCAUCUCUCACGCUAUGUCUAUAUGACUUUGGCCAAGUCUCUCUUCCUCCAGGCACCAAAGCUACUAUUGAUGAUGGCCAGUCUGUGUUAUGGACCCUUCCGGGUGGUCCAGUGCAACAAGUCUCCUCCUCAGAGUCUGUACAGGAACAAAACAAGUGUUUUGCAGCCAGGCUCUCUUUCUCCACUACUAUUUUCAGCCCGGUAUACCACCGCGUUCCGGUUCCAGUGAAGUUAAACGAUAUGGAUAACUGCGCGGAGUCAUAUCUAUUAUCAAAGAUUGACCCGAAUCCUCUUGUUAAUAUUCUAUGUGAUCUGACCGGAGGCCAUCCUCAUGCCGCGGUUGCCUUUAACCCUUGGUACCAACGGCAAAUUGCCUUGACGGACCGUGCAGGGAAUUGGAGUGUCUGGGACCUACAACGCAGGCAACAGCGUAAAGCUGGCUGGUUUGCAGAGCGUGGGCCAAGCGGCUCCCUACGAAUUCAAGAGUCAGAGAAAAAUCUCAAGAACGUUGAUCAUUAUGACGGCUGGGGCGAAAUAUUAUGGGUUGGCACCAUCCACCAGCUGUUGGUGUGUGAUAGGCGAAAUGUUUCCUUUUGCCGUAUAGAUGUACGUCCACCUAAACAGGAAGAAUUUGAUCUUGGUCUUGAGCUUCCCUCAGAGUGGAUUCUUGACGUUCUAAGAAGUCAGAGAAUACCUUCCCACGUAUUUAUAUUGACCACGUUGAGAAUAUUCUGGCUGCAUAUACCACCUCCUGAAGACCCUCGCCUUACGCAAAACGAUGAAACCCAGGCCGCAAUUAUUCUUCUCUCGUGGAGGCACUUUCGAGACCCUGAAGACAUAAGUCUUCAAUUAACAUCUGUGUCUUUAGGGAUAGAUUUCUUUAUAGUGCUGUAUUCACGUCUAAACCUCCUUGCAAUGUCUUUCCAGGUUUUCUCGUCUUCUGAUGAGCCAUCCUACCCCGUUUCUAUUUGUGACGCAAGGGCUAUUCACUUGCCUAAAGCUAACAGCAAACAGCCAGCUCAUGGAACAUUGCAAUCUUAUGACACAGUUAACUUUUCUAGCAUAGCCUUUAGAGAUAUAGGCGUUUCCCAUUCACCUGGAGAAGAUACUGGCGAUUUCGAUUCCCCGAAAUUCGUCGCAUUUGUGGGACAACUAGUCGAUGGGAGAUUGGUUGAAUGCACAUAUGUAGUUACAUCGCAGUGGGGAGAAAUGCCCAGAGAUAAUAUCUCUACAUCGCAAGGUAGGAAGAAAAGGCCUUUGAAGGAUCACACUAAACUUUUUAGUGAAUGCGAUUUUAUUGUAGAGGAUGGAGAUAAGCCUCUCUUAAUACCUGUCUGUCCACCAAAUAAGUCAGCCAAACCUCAGGAUUCAUCUCGGCUCAGUAUUCCAACAUAUGAAACUCGGGAGCAAUGGCAACACCAAUAUUCUCUGGCUAUACCUACUCUAGAAACCAAGAAAAUUGCAGAUUCUGUGGAAUUUGGCAAUAUGCCCUUUUUUGGAGAUUGGUUGAAUUCACUAUCCGAACUUGUUGCGAGUCUAAUUUUGGCACCAACCACUACCCCAAUGUCAUGGUUAAUGUCCGAGACUGUUCCGCUGUCAUUUUCGGUAGAUGAAGCCGAGAAUAUAGCGAAAGGAUUUGACCAUUUUAUCCAGAAUUUCUCAGACCCUGGGGGUGACCUGUCACCUGGGUUUCAGAUAGCUAUGUUGCCAUUGCCUUCUACCUCUUCAUCCAAUUUUUCUAUAAUGAAACCUGGCUCGAUGAAAAAUUUCUCCUUAAUGGAACUCUAUGACACGAUGAUUAGCCAUUGGCUAGCCCCUUUACCAAAUGGGAUUCCAAACCGGCUCCGAGCAUCGAACGAGAAAACCAUCAGAGCAAUAAUCUCGGAACUCUGUCUUGCAGGCGUUGUUAUAUCCCGUUGUAAAGCCGAAAACGUCAACGGUGAGCGGGAAGUUGGGGACGCCUCUCGUAUUAAGCCUGCAGCUCAGAGUUUUUCUGAGUUUAAAGAUGAAGUUAUUCAACGUUCCGGGGACAUUUCUUCAUCUCCAUUCCGAGCAGAGAGCUUAAGUAGCAGCCAACGUGAGGUCAUGUCUAGAAAUACGCUUACUUGCCUCACGCGUUAUACCACCAUCAAUUAUCCGAGGCCUAUCUCGCGCAAGACUGCCACAACAACCUCACAUUGGGCCCAUGGAAGUGACCCUAACCUAUAUGACUGGCAGGCUACAGUCUCUUCACAAGUCAACCCACAAUCCGAAAAUGAAAGAAAUUCAAAACGGCGCAGACGGAAGGGAAGUGGGCCGUCAUCAUCUGCUGGGCAAUCUCAGCGAAGUGUCUCCGCAGAUGUCCCGAUAGCUAGACCGUGGGGAAGCCAGCCAGAGAUAAGUGCAGUGAACCCCGGUAUAGGGAGUAGCCAGGCCACUGUAAGCGGUUUUACUAUGACACAAGUUGAGCAUGGUGUAUAUGGGAAGAGAAAACCGCUUUUCAAAGCGAAGAAAAAGAGACGAAUUGCUGGAUUUUGA